CGAUAAAUGGAUGUUAUACUAAACGAAUACGGAAUCGGAUACAAAAAAAAUCAGUAUUCCCUGUAUCUAUUCGGAGUUGUGCGGAGAUCCCUAAUUCAUGGCGUAUCCACUAAUGAAACGAAAAAGAGCCACGCUAUGAUGUCCGGAGCGAAACUCCGCCGACAAAAUAACUGCCUCAAAAACAAGAUUAAUGAUGCUCAGACUAUUUGAAUAUAGUGCCGUUUUUAUGUGUACGGCAUCUCUAUAGAAGGUGGCUAACACAUUCUUGCUUUAGAUAUGAGAAGGUAUACACAUCAGGACUACUUUGGGGUUCAACGAUCCUUGCGCAUUUUGACGGAGACAAGAAAAACGUCCACAACACUCAAAAAUGGAAAAAGAAACUUACAAGAAAAUGGUAAUAGUAAUGAUAACAACCUUAUAACACAUAAGAAGAAACGUCAAGUUGGU